ACAGUUCACUCCUCAGCCGUCGAAGACCCAGGACCGACUCAGGCGGACCAGGACAGGAGAACCCGUGGAGCAGCGAGGAGGCCGUUCACUCUCACCCCCCCGAGACACUUCACCACGAUGGGGAAUUCAACCAGCAGUAAACUGUCAAAGGAGAUCCUGGAGGACCUGAAGCUCAACACCAAGUUCUCCCAGACCGAGAUCAGUCUGUGGUACGAGAACUUCCAGAAGCAGUGUCCGUCAGGGCGCAUCACGCCGGCAGAGUUCGAGCAGAUCUACGCCCGCUUCUUCCCAGACAGCGACACCGCGGGCUACGCACGGCACGUGUUCCGCUCCUUUGACACCAACGACGACGGUACUUUGGACUUCAAAGAGUACAUCAUAGCGCUGCACAUGACCUCGUCAGGUAGGACCACCCGAAAGCUGGAGUGGGCCUUCUCCCUGUUCGACGUAGACAAGAACGGAUACAUCAACAAGUCCGAAGUAACAGAGAUAUGUCAGGCCAUAUUUAAGUUGAUCCCGAAGGAGGAGCAGGCGGCGCUGCCGGACGACGAGAACAGCCCUGAGAAGAGGGCCGACAAGCUGUGGGCCUUCUUCGAAAAGAAGGACAACGAGAGACUGGCUGAAGGAGAGUUCAUCCAGGGAGUGAUCGAGAACCAGAACGCCGUGCGUCUCAUCUUCUACGAACCAGUCAAACAGUAGUCUGUCCGACUACACACACACACACACACACAGACACACACACAGACACACACAGACACACACACACACAGACACACACACACACACACACACACACACACACACACACACACACACAUUCAGAUUUUCUUUUUUUUCAGGAAAACAAAGACAAUAAUUGGUUUGAUUGAAAUGGCAUCAUGUUGGACUGACCUUUGACCCCCCACCGACCCCCCGACCCCCAACCACAAAUAAAUUACAUUAAACAUUAAA